AUGUUCAAAAUAACUUCAGGAAAUUCCAUGCAAGCUGUAAAAGAAUGGUUUAAUGAUAAUGGGUUAACGGUAAACGAAGAAAAGACGCAAUACAUUACCUUCAACAACGGACAUAGCAAUACCGAAAAUAAAUCCCUAAAAUUCUUAGGACUGUAUCUAGACGAAGAAUUCAAAUGGUACACCCAUUUCUUUAAAAUAAAUCUAAAAGCGUUACAUUUUUUAUCACAACAAAGGUUGUUUACGUUGGUUAAUCAAUAUUGUUUAUAUCAAAAUUAUGCGUGCAACAAUAACUUAGAUACAAUGACCACAAAUACAUCUCCGGGGUUGAAAGAGCCCUUUAAAUACAUUGAAAUUCCUUUGCAAAAGUUUCAAGAUGAAGCCUUACCAUAUCACCAAAAUUUACUACAACACCAUAAAAAUGCAAUUGAAACAUACAUGUUUCAAAAGAACACUCAAAAGUUAUCUCAAGAAAUAAAAGACAAGAAACGAAACGUUCGUCAAAUGAAAGAUCUUUUAUAUGAAUUAGAUACGUUACGGGCUAAAGUUUUUGAUGACGACCUUGAUAAAUUCGAUAAUAGAACGUUUUCAUUGAGGAGAUCCAUCUCGGCUAUACUAAAAGAUUAUUACAAUUUGGAAAAAUCGGCCUUGGCUUACACAGACUCCCAAAAUGAAAUUAAUGAAAACACAGAAAAUGAAAACCCUUUUUUGGGUGCUGAGCAAAUCCAAAUUCAUGACAAUUUAGAGAAAUUGAGACUACAACAAGCUAGUAGUACUUUGGAGAGGGUAGAAAAUUUAAAUCAUGAUGUCAAAGGAUUACAUGAAAUUUAUCAAGAAUUAAACACCAUGGUUAAUGUUCAAAAAGAGGAUGUAAAUAAGAUUGAGGAAAACGUUGAGGAGACACAAACAAAUGUUAAUAGAGGAUUAUCACAUUUAAUAAGUGCCUCUAAAUUAAAAACAGCGACAUAUCCAGUAACUGGUGCCUUAAUUGGUGGAUUAGUUGGUGGCCCACUUGGUUUGAUAGCUGGAGCAAAAAUUGGAGGUUUAGCUGCAAUCAGUUGUGGAAUUGUUGGUUAUACAGGAGGAAAAAUUAUCACUAAGAUUAAUGAUAAAGAGAUAAAUAUAGAUAAUCAAGAUGGAGAUACUAUUCCUCAUGAAAAUGAGAGAACAGAGGAAGACAAUGGGAUUAAAAAAAAAAUUUGACGAUUAUGUUGAUCUUUUUUUUUAAUUAUAAAGUAUAAUCAUAACUAAUUUUUAAGGCGAUUGUGAUUUUCUUUUUAAAUUGAAGCUUUAUUAAGGAAUUUUUAAGAAUAAUAAGUGGUGUAUGUUAAAAAAGACGUUUUUUUCACACUGUGAUUAGAAAAUAUUUUUCUAGAGGUAGAUUUUUUAAAAGGAUCUAUUGUUAUUUAUUGUAGAAAUAGAUAUUUUGCUUGAAAAUAAAAAUAUUAAAUCUUUUGAUACAAACCUAAAUUACUAACAA